AUGACGAUGGAGAAGAAGAGAUAUUUCAGCGUUAAACUGGAAAACCGACUGCCUGAUCUAGUAGCUACUCAGACAAAUGAAGGUUUGGAAAAUCCCCCAAUAUCAAAAAAUAAUGAAGAAGAAUCAUUAUUCGUCGAUGAUGAAGAUAGUGAUAUAGAAGAACAUAAUAUACUGAACAACAAUGAAAUCUUAAAUGCCGAAACCGAUGCGUAUCACUUAGAAUACAAAGAAUUUGAAAGUCGAUUAAAGUCUGUAGUAGGAACUAUAUCAUCGCAUGCUAUGAAUCAUUUGUUUAAAAAAUAUCAUGAUAAGCAAAAUUAUUUGAAGUUGGCCGUCCAAGAAUAUUUGCAAGGUAUUGAUGAGAGCAGUGCAGGCACUCAUAACUCUGAAAGUUCUAAUGAUGAAAAUAAAAUUUCAGAUGGUAAUAGAAAGAGAAAUUAUGAACAAGAACAGGAUGACUUAAUGAACAGGCUACAACGAGAGCGACAAAGAAGUCAAGAAGAUGAGAAAGGGAAGUCAUGGAAUCGAUUCAUCGGUAGUCUAAACGUUCAAGCAUGGGCGACUAGGCCAACAACUAAGCCAUUAAAAUAUUUAGAGAAAUUAGAAUUACGGCGGUUAAUGCCAAAAAAAUUGAAUGUUGGCAAAGUUAAUAAGGAGAAACCAAAAUUUGGUGAUUCUUCCAUCAUAAGAAUCUACACGAUACCAAGUAAUGCAGAAGAAUCUGGAAGAGAAAUAGGGCGUAUUCCUGAAGAUAUAACGCGUAUGUUAGUGCCAUUAAUUGAUUUAGAUAUCUCUUCGUUUUAUACUACAGUGAUGUUAGACACUGAAAAGCGAUUAUCUACAGGGGAUUCUUUCUACAUCCAAAUUGAUUGCUAUUUAUCACAAAAUGCUUUUUCGGGUAAGGAGCUAGAAAGAUCAAUGUCUCAGGCUGAUCUGGAUUUAAAUGCUUUGAAAAGACAAAAGAAGAUGGACACAAGAACAAAGUUUGAUUUUUCGUCUGAAACUAACACUGAAGCGAUUUUGAGGUUAAGGCAAAAUUCAUUAUCUAGAUUUUUUCAUAGACUAAACAUCAAACCAAUUCCUAAAAAAUCAAAUAACAGAAAUGAUUCAAAUGAAGCUUCUGAAGCACCGAUUAUGAUAGAUUCCGAAGAUGAAAACGAUGAAUCACUUAAAGAGGAUCAUGAGCAACAAAAUUUAGAUCAAUUGAAACAAAUAAUGCAAGCCAAUCAACAAUCAGAAUUAUUGGAUAGUUUGCCAGAAACAACUAAACCUCCGAUUUCCAAUUUUAAACUAGAUUUAAGGAAUUAUCAAAAGCGUGGUUUAUCGUGGAUGUUAACCAGGGAACGAGAGGUAGCUGCAUUAGAAACUUUAUCUAAAAUCGAUGAUGAUAAUGAAGUCUUGACGACUCAAGCGAAGGCGAAUAUUCAUGAACACAAUGACGCAUUUAUGAACCCAUUAUGGGAUGUAUUUGAAUGGCCGAAGGAUAAUUCAAUACAUAAAUCUAAGGCUCCAAAAAAUGAUGAUGGAAUGGAAGAUAAUUAUUUUUAUGCGAAUAUGUAUAAUGGGGAGCUUUCGCUCACUAAGCCAAUUAUAAGGUCAAUGGUGAAAGGUGGUAUUCUUGCUGAUGAGAUGGGUUUGGGUAAAACGAUCUCAACAUUAGCUUUAAUUAAUUCUGUUCCCAUUGACUUAUUGUUUGAAGAGAAUAAGGAAAUCGAGGACGAAAAGAUUUAUGCUUCUAAAACAACGCUUAUUAUUGUACCUAUGUCAUUACUUUCGCAAUGGCAAAAGGAAUUUGACAAGGCAAAUAAUAAUCCAAAUCAUACAUGCUUUAUUUAUUAUGGAGACCUGGCAUGUACUGACUUAUCGCCCAUAUUAUGCAACAAGAAAAAGGAUAUACCAAUCGUUAUUAUUACAACAUAUGGCACAGUUCUCAAUGAAUUUACAAGACUCUCUAAUCGUAGAGAUGCAAAAGGAUAUUUGCCAAAAAUAGGAUUAUUUUCAGUAAAGUUUUUCAGAAUUGUGUUGGAUGAAGGACAUAAUAUAAGGAAUAGAACGGCUAAGACUUCUAAAGCAAUAUACGAAUUGUUGCUGAACAGGAAAUGGGUUCUAACAGGUACUCCAGUAAUAAACAGAUUGGAUGAUUUAUAUUCGUUAGUUAAAUUUUUAGAGCUUGAACCAUGGUCAAAUUUUUCUUAUUGGAAAACAUUUGUUACUCUUCCGUUUGAACAAAGAAAAAUUUCUCAAACAUUAGAUGUUGUCAAAUCUAUCUUAGAGCCAAUUUUUAUUAGGAGAACAAAGAACAUGAAACAAAGUAAUGGAAAACCUUUGGUCGAAUUGCCUCUCAAAGAAGUUGUUAUUGAAGAGAUUAGAUUUAAUGAAGUUGAAGAAAAGUUAUACAACUGGUUCAAAGUUAGAGCUUCUCAGUCGUUCAAAGAAGGUAUUAAAAGUGGUGACCUAUUUAAGAAAUAUAGCCAAAUUUUAACUCACAUUUUAAGACUUAGACAAGUUUGUUGUCAUGUUGAUUUGGUAGGAAGUGCAAAUGAAAUGGAACAAGAGUUAGUUGAUCCGAAUACAAACGGUCAUUUACCAGAAACUAAUGGUGACUCUGAAAGUAUUUCAGAGGUAAAUAAUAUAUUAGAUCAGUAUCAUGCUGAUAAUAACCAUGAUGAAAAAUUUAAGAAUAAUACUGAAGUUCGUUCAGCGAUGUUCCCAUUGUAUGAAAAGGUUGAUUUGAAAGAAUCUGAAUGUUCAAUCUGCACGCAAUCACCGAUUCCUAUAGGUGAAAUGGCAUUGACCACAUGUGGACAUGCAUACUGCUUGAAUUGUGUAUUAGAACAUUUUGAUUUCCAAGAAAAGAACCUGCAAAAACCAUUAUGUCCUAAUUGUCGUAAAUCGAUAUCAAAAUACAAAAUAUUUAAAUUACGUCACAGGGAAACGUCGGGAAAAGAAAUCAGAUUUCACACAAAACAUGAAUUGGAAGAUCCAAGCCAAAACUUCAGAUUUCAAUUGUAUCUAUAUGACCCGACUAAAACAUCUUCAAAAAUCCAAUGCUUGAUCAAUCAUUUGAAGAUAUUGAAAGAACAAAGUCCUAAUGAACAAGUUGUUGUAUUUUCACAAUUUUCAUCGUAUUUGGAUAUAAUUGAAAAUGAAUUAAAAAUACAAAUCCUGGACGACUUUGUUGUUUACAAGUUUGAUGGCAGACUUAAUAUGAAUGAACGACAAAAGAUAUUAGAGAAGUUUAGCAGUCAAAAGCAUGAGAAUAAGGUAAUGAUUCUUUUGUUGUCGCUUAAAGCUGGAGGAGUAGGAUUGAAUUUGACCACUGCCUCUAGGGCAUUUAUGAUGGACCCAUGGUGGUCUCCGAGUGUUGAGGACCAAGCAAUUGAUAGAAUACAUAGAAUAGGGCAAAAUCUGAAUGUUAAGGUUACCAGGUUUAUCAUGGCUGAUAGUAUUGAAACUAAGAUGCUAAAAAUACAGGAAAGAAAAAAACAAAUUGGAGAAGCUGUUGGUGCUGAGGAAGACGAAAAGAGGAAAAGAAGGAUUGAGGAAAUGCAAAUAUUAUUCGAAGAUGAUUAG